CCGCGCGGAGCCGGGGGCGGUUUGAGCGGCAGCGCCCGGCGCGGCGGCGGCUCCCGGGUCCGGCACGAUGCUCCCCCUGUCCUUGCUGAAGACGGCGCAGAACCACCCCAUGCUGGUGGAGCUGAAGAACGGGGAGACGUACAACGGGCACCUGGUGAGCUGCGACAACUGGAUGAACAUCAACCUGCGGGAGGUCAUCUGCACGUCGCGGGACGGGGACAAGUUCUGGAGGAUGCCGGAGUGCUACAUCCGCGGCAGCACCAUCAAAUACCUGCGGAUCCCCGACGAAAUCAUUGACAUGGUGAAGGAGGAGGUGGUGUCCAAGGGCAGGGGCCGCGGUGGGAUGCAGCAGCAGAAGCAGCAGAAGGGCCGUGGGGUUGGAGGAGCUGGAAGAGGUGUGUUUGGGGGCCGUGGCCGAGGAAUUCCCGGCAGUGGAAGAGGCCAGCAGGAAAAAAAGCCGGGCAGGCAAGCAGCCAAGCAGUGAGACGCCGGGGACAGUGUGGGUUUUGUCACCUCAGGGUUGCCACGUGUCCAAAACCCUUCCCUUUCCCCGCUCUUCCAUCAGAAUCGGAGCCCAAAUCAUGUUCCUUUGGAAGCCCCUCACGCUUUAAUCUGGUGGAGUUUUCGCUCCUUUGUAGUCAGUAAAUCAUUGGAAAUAUUUUUUAAAGAUUUCGUUCACGGUUAAGGGCCGAGGUUCUGCCUUCUCCUGAGAGUGAAUUUUUUUUUUCAGGCUCACCGGGUUUAAUUUGAAAUAUUUUCCUGUUCAGAGGUACCAGAAGGAAGGCAAACGCUUUCUGGAUUGCUUGGAUUUUUUUUUUUUUUUUUAAAGUACUUGAAACUCGGGAAACUUGUUUUUGUUUGUAACAGAUGUGUUUUGAACUUGAGGAUGUUGUGUCUGUACAUGAAUAGUCCUAAAGGUUUGGGGUUUUUUUUUUUAAAAAAAACCAACAAACUUUCAAGCUCUUGCUUUUCUUCUCCUGGCCAGCGAGUUCUGUUUCUCCAGUGGCUUCAAGGAGGGAUGAACAUCGGCCUUCAAGGCUUGUUCCCAGGAGAGCUUUGUGACAAAUGAGCGUUUCCCAAUUAGUUCAUUGCUAAUUUGACUUCAGAUUAGAAGUUUCCUUCAAAGGAACAGGGUUUUUGUUGUUGUUGUUGUUUUUGGUAUUUUUGGGGGUUUUUUUGCAUGAGGCUGGUGCGCCCCUUAUUCCUCAUGGGGGGGGAUUUUAAUUUUUUUUUAUUAUUAUUUUUUUGAAAAGCCAACUCGAUUUGAUUUACAUGGAUUUUUUUUCCCACCCCCCCCCCCCUCUCCCGCUUUGAAAACUCUCUCCCUCCUGCUCUGACAACACCGAGUCCUGAACUCUGACAAUUAUUUCUCAACCUAAUUUCUUCCAGUACCUGGUGAUUGACCUCGCUGUUUGUCCCUGUCACUUCCUUCCCCAGCCACCAAUUAUCCUCCCUUGGGGACACAGGUGAACGUGUCCCUCCUGUAGGUUCAGGAAACUCCUGGGAAUUCCCAGCUCGGCUUGCUCCAGUCUUCCAUCCCUUGAGCAAAACACACCCUCAGAAUAUCCUGGCUGAUCCCAGCGGAGCUCCUGCACCAGGGCACGGGGGGAAGAAACAGCUCUGGGUGUGCCUCAGCAUCCCCCGGAUGGGUGAAACAGCUGAAUUCUGGGGGAAAAAAUUGAUACUGCGACUUGUUUUGAGCAGGGUUUUGGGUUUGUACAAGUGGUUCUCAUGUUGGAGCCUCCGCCAUCGCCGCUGUACUGAAAAAGGAGUGAAGAACGUGCUUUUGUAGACUUUAUUUUUUUAAUGUUUGUAGAACUGGGCGCGCAAGCGGUGAGUGAGAAUAAAUCUCCGGCCUCUUCCA